UCAUGAUCCUGAAGUUUGAUAACUUUACAGGGGAUGGUGUCUGGCCAGACAGCUACUGUAUGUGAUUCGACCCAACCAAGGUUAGUGCCCACCCCUCCAAGCCCCUGUCCAAGUAUGUGGUCAGAGGAGUAUGAAGUGGGUGGGCACCAUGAUGAUGUGCUCACAAAGUCCUCAGUGUCCAGACGGCUCUCUCUGUCCACACCUAGCCCCACCCCUUCUCUCACCCUACAACUGCCCACCUUUCUCUCUCUUCUCCCACACUCUUCUCACUCCUCUCCCAGGGUCACUACGUGUUAAAAGUCCAUGCUUGAGCAGGUCUGGAGACGUUGCACUCUCUCUCGCGCUCAUCUCCACUUUGCACCAUGGUUCAGAGCAGCAGUAUCUGCAGAUUCCUCCUCCUGGUGCUCCUAGGCCUCUUGGUAGCCACCGUACGCUCAGAGACAGUUGGAGACCCGGCUCCAACUCUCCAAGGGGACAACCAGGACACUGUGUCUGGAGGAGGGGCCUAUGAUGUCACCACCAAGGACCCAUUCCAGGACAUGACGGAGCGAUCCUUCACCUACGACUACGAGGACACCACACACCCCCAGACCAUGGAGGAGGAGGAGGGAGUCCUGGGGCCGGGGGCCAUCACAGCCAUCGUUAUAGCAGUAUUCCUGGGAGCGUCCGUCCUCCUCGCCCUCAUCGUUAUCACACUCAGAAAGUUCACUGCCUCGUAGAGUGAAUACCUCCUGUCCCCUUACUCACUCUCUCUCUCUCUCUCUCUCUCUCUCUCUCUCUCUCACUUUUACUCUCUCUCUUUCUUUCUCUCCCACUCUUUCUCUGUUAGACAAAAUGAGUAAGAGUGCAUCUUUUGCUCCACUGUGGAUGCUGAAAAAUGUGGCAGGUCCCUUUGUCCGUAAGAAGUACCUAACAAACUGCAGUUGCUUUUCAGACUUCUCCCCCCUGUAAACAAACUGUAUUUGUUGCUCACACUUAUUCACUUGUAACUAAAGUUAAAAUGUUAGAAACUGGCUGGUUCUUCCAGUGUAAAUCGUAGCAUAUCCAUGUCUUGUUUUUUUUUUUCUCUCUCUCUCUCUGUCUCUCUCUCUCUCUCUCUCUUUUUUUUUUUUUUUUUUUUAGCUUUCUUCACUUGUGAUUUUCAUUUGUCAAUGUUAUAUUUUUGUCAAAAGUGUUUGUCCAAUUUUGUCAUGUGUUUGUAGAUGUGAGUAGAGACUGUUUCCUCUCUUGUGGGUUUUUUUGUUAAUCUUCAGAGUUUUGUUGUGAUAUUUCCUGGAUGAGUUUGCUCUUAUUUCUACAUGAAGUGUGUGCGUUUUGUGUGUGUGUGUGUGUGUGUGUGUAUGGGUGUGCAUUAGGAUGUGUAUCUCCUAGUUAAGGUACUGCCCAUUAUAUCCAUUUUGUUAGUGCAUUUUCCUUUCUCCCAGUUCAACAAGAAGGAUAUUUCGGAUUCACGUACCUAAACAGAACAAAUUCCCCAUUCCCAUAUUUUAGCUCAUGCCAAAAUAACUUCCCAAAUAUUGCCUUGGCGUUACCAUUUUACAAGGUUUAGAGUUUGUUUUGCUCCAUUUGUAUAAACAUUUGUCGAGACAAAAUAAGAACGACACAUUUAAAAAAAGAAAAGGCAGGCUGCUUCGAUGAAUGUAAACAGGGUUGUUGGUUGGUUUGUUUUACCUGCAGAGCAAAUAUUAUAUCAGGGUCAAAAGAGAGGCUGAGUGUGUAUGUGUUCAAGUGUGUGUUUGUAGUUUUUGAUAUUGUUUUAUUUGGUGUGUGUGCGUGUGUGUGUGUGUGUGUAUGUGUGUGUGAGAUUUUGGGGAGGAUAAUACUGCCAUUUUCUGUACACUCCAGUGGCCUCAGCAAACAGCCAUGUUAAUGUAUGUUUCCAUAAUAAUAUCACUGCCCGAAGUUGUUUAGCAUUUACGUGGAAUAAAUAAAUCCAAUAA